GCAUUGGGAAGUUGAAUACUAAAUCUGACUGACAAGUUGUGUGGAUAAUUUAGUAUUCUCAGGGCAGGGUGGUUUUUGAGUGUUAUGCAGUUUUAGAUUGUAAGGAAGGAAAAUGGAAAUGUCAAAGAAGAUAAAAUUCACAGCAGUUCCAGAUUUUGAGACAACGUCAACAGAAGACCAGAACACAACAAGCAGUCAAAGCAAACAGACAACGACUCGACGCGAUGGCUCUCAAUGUUCACCGUAACACUGUGUGGACACAGAAUACAAACAAUAUUGGACAUUUAGGGCUUCACAGUGAAACCAGAAGUUUGACUAGUACCAAAAAUACUUGUGCCAAGAAACAUUUUGGUGUUCUGAUUACUGCUUUGAAUAAUAGUGAAAAACAGAAUUUCAGAAUCAUGAGUGGACAUAGGCGUGAAUUGGAACAGUCAUUGCUGGCUCUUUCUCAGAGAAUGCGAGAAAUCAACGAAAGUAGAUUGUCGUUGCCUGCUUCUCGAAAGACUUCUUUUCCACAUAAAGACUCCAGGUCUGUUUCGGAUGCAAGCACAUUUUCGUUUGGAUCAUCAAGGUCUAGUGUUUCGUCGUAUAAUUCUUUCUCGAAAUACAUUGGUCGAAGACUUUCACCUGUGAAAGGGAAAAGAAAAUUGCGGAAUUCUUUGGAUACGGAGACUAACAAACCAGAAAAUGUAGAAAGAAGGGAGCGGCGCAUUGCGACUAUUUCUCCGCCAGACGUCGGGGAGCUUCAGAAAAUGUCUGAAAACUCAUCAGAACUUUCUGAAAAAUCUAAUUUCUCUUUAUCAGACUUGCAAGAGAGAGUCGCUUUACGCAAAAGUUGCGUUCGUAUCACUCCAUUUCCAGAUCUUCCACCCGACACCGAAAACACAGAUAAGGAGGAAACAUCUUCCAUUUCAGUUGACGAAACUGGCAGUACCACUACUCCAAGACGCACUUCGCGUAAAAGAUCUAAAGCAAGAAAGAAGUCAAGCAAUGGGGGUAUUGAGGAAGCCUCCGUUCACGAGCAAGAAACGGGUCAAACAACCCGCAAUAACCCACAUGCAAGAAUGAUUGCUCUGCAGAAACUUCAAAUUGAAACGCAGAAGAGAGCUGCACUUGCAGAAAAGCAAAGACAGGAAUUGAUCAAGAAAAAUCGCAAAGAGGUGACGGAAAGUUUUCGUUACUCCCAUGCCAUUGAACAAUAUCUUAUAUCAAGACGACAAAAUUCUAAAAUUACCCUGUCUGAGGUCCCAGAUGAAGUGGAGUAUGAUUCUGAGGGACGGGAGAUUCGCCGACUCGGACCUUCUGUUUUGUCGGUCAUCAAUGUUGACGACAUAUAUAGAAUGACAGUUCGACGCAGACGUCACACGACAACAGGUCUUGGGGAGAAACGGCCCAGUUUCUACAGAAUGAAAUCAAGAAAAUCGAUUGCUUCCGUUUAUCACCCUUUGCCAGACAUAAACAAGGAAUCCAAAACAAACUCAGUUGAAAACCCCUUGUCUACAAAAAAAUUUCAUCCAAAAGACAAUCUUCCGCCACUUACAGAGAAUCAAGUUGUGGUGACGUAAAGUUCACAGUGUGGAGACACCAAUUCUCAGUUUAAUAUAUUGCAGAUUAUUUGAUAUAUUGCAGAUUAUAUUUAUUUUCUUUUAUAUACAUUUUGUUCUACUCUUCCUAUAUUGAAAGCUAUGUCUUGCCCAUGAUAUAUGCAUGUACAUAUAUUUUGCUUACGUACUUGCCAUUUAUUAUCAAUGCACGAAUAGCAUCGUUCAUUGAAAUAACAUUUUAGAACCAUUUAGAGUAUACGAUUUUGCCACAUACAUGUACAUAUACUAUGAAAAAAUUAAACUUUUUUA